AUGGCUGAGGAGGUGAUUGUGGUAGCAAAAUAUGACUACAAGGCUGAGAACAGCCAAGAAUUGGACAUUAAAAAAAAUGAGAAGUUACGUCUUCUUGACGACAGUAAAGAAUGGUGGAAAGUCCAGAAUUUGCAGAGCAAAGCGGGCUUUGUGCCAUCCAAUUACGUCAAAAAAUCUAAACCUUCCUUCUUUUCUGGUCUUCUUACUCGGAGAAAAAACAAAUAUCCCGUGGCAAACCUCCAGUCCCCACGCAAUGGGGUUACAACCCUGGAGCAGAAGAGUCCUGGAGGUGCCGACAUUCAGAUGUGUGAACACGUUCCCGCCAUUGUUAAAUAUGGGUAUGUUGCUCAGCGACCAGACGAGAUAUCGUUGUCAAAGUCUGAAAAGGUGAUAGUGAUGGAGAAAUCCAUUGACGGCUGGUGGCGGGGACGAAAAGCGAACGAGGAGUAUGGCUGGUUUCCGUCUAACUAUGUGGAGUUGGAACAGAACUCUGAUGGGUCAGAUGGUCUGGCAGCUGCUCGUUUGGAUUUAGUCUCUAUGGAUAGCCUUCAAGUGGUGACGGCAUUGUACACAUUCACUCGUACGAAUCAAGAAGAGCUUAGUUUUGAGAAAGGUGACCGAUUAUUAAUUCUUGAGAAACCUAUCGAAGAUCCGGACUGGUGGAAAGCUAGAAACAAAUAUGGCCAUAUUGGGCUUGUGCCCCGAAACUAUGUACAGGUCAUCGAUGACAUUGAAUAUGACACAGCCACUAACGAUAGUUCAUGUACUCCGCACUCUCAGUCAGCUAGUAGUCUUUCAAAUGCUUCCUCACUCAGUGUGCUUUGUAUGGCCAGUCAGAAACAACAGCAUUUAUCGGGACCUCUAGCUGACAAAGAGUGGUACUUUGGUAAAAUCACACGGACUCAGUGCGAGGAAAUGCUUGGCAAACAUGCCGAGGAUGGUGACUUUCUUAUUCGUGACACUAUCUGCCCCCUUUAUAGUUACAAUAUAAAUCUCUCUAUCACCUUUCUCUCUCUCAUGUCCGUACACUCUCUCUCUCUCUCAUGUCCGUACACUCUCUCUCUCUCUCAUGUCCGUACACUCUCUCUCUCUCUCAUGUCCGUUCCUCUCUCUCUCAUGUCGUUCCUCUCUUCAAUUCCGUUCUCUCUCUCUCUCAUGUCCUCUCUCUCAUGUCCGUUCCGUUCUCUCUCUCUCAUGUCCGUUCUCUCUCUCAUGUAUGUCCGUUCUCUCUCUCUCUCUCGUUCUCUCUCUCUCAUGUCCGUCCGUUCUCUCUCUCUCUCAUGUCCGUUCACUCUCUCUCUCAUGUCCGUUCACUCUCUCUCUCAUGUCCGUUCUCUCUCUCUCUCAUGUAUGUCCGUUCACUCUCUCUCUCAUGUAUGUCCGUUCUCUCUCUCUCAUGUAUGUCCGUUCUCUCUCUCUCUCUCUCAUGUCCGUUCUCUCUCUCUCUCUGUAUGUCCGUUGUUCUCUCUCUCAUGUAUGUCCGUCCUCUCUCCUCUCAUGUAUGUCUCCGUUCUCUCUCUCUCUCGUUCGUUCUCUCUCUCUCUCAUGUAUGUCCGUUCUUCUCUCUCAUGUAUGUCCGUCCGUUCUCUCUCUCUCAUGUAUGUCCGUCCGUUCUCUCUCUCUCAUGUAUGUCCGUCCGUUCUCUCUCUCUCAUGUAUGUCCGUCCGUUCUCUCUCUCAUGUAUGUCCGUUCUCUCUCUCUCUCUCAUGUAUGUCGUUCUCUCUCUCUCUCUCUCUCUCUCAUGUAUGUCCGUCGUUCUCUCUCUCUCGUUCUCUCUCUCUCUCUCAUGUAUGUUCUCUCCUCUCAUGUAUUCUCUCUCUCUCUCUCAUGUAUGUCCGUUUCUCUCUCUCUCUCUCCUCUCUCUCAUGUCCGUUCGUUCUCUCUCUCUCUCUCUCUCUCAUGUCCAUGUCCGUCCGUUCUCUUCUCUCAUGUAUGUCCUCUCUCUCUCUCAUGUAUGUCGUCCGUUCUCUUCUCUCUCUCUCUCUCUCUCUCUCAUGUCCGUUCUCUCUCUCUCUCUCUCUCUCUCUCAUGUCCGUUCCUCUCUCUCUCUCUCUCAUGUAUCCGUCUCUCUCUCUCUCUCUCUCUCAUGUCCGUUCUCUCUCUCUCAUGUAUGUCCGUUCUCUCUUCACUCUCUCUCUCUCUCUCAUGUAUGUCCGUCCGUUCUUCUCUCUCUCUCUCUCUCUCAUGUCCGUUCUCUCUCUCUCUCUCUCUCUCAUGUCGUUCUCUCUCUCUCUCUCUCCGUGUCCGUUCUCUCUCUCUCUCUCUCUCUCUCUCUCUCAUGUCCGUUCACUCUCUCUCUCUCUCUCAUGUCCGUUCACUCUCUCUCUCUCUCUCAUGUCCGUUCACUCUCUCUCUCUCUCUCAUGUCCGUUCUCUCUCUCUCUCUCUCUCCGAUCUAUUUCACUCCACAUCCUCUAUUUCUUUUUUUUUUUUUCAUUCUAACUUUUCCACCUUACCACUUCUCUUUCUUUCUUUCUUUCUUUCUUCUGCCAUCUUUUUUAAACUCCUUAAGGCGGGGCCUUAUCUCUCUUCUCGUUUUUCUCUUCAUUUCUUUUUUUUGUCAAGAUUUUCUCUUUUAGUGAUUCUUGGCCUCCUUUCUUCUCACCUUUCUGCUUGUCAUCCUUUCUCUCUGGCUCUUCUUUUUCUCUCCCUCCCUCGCUCUUCGUUUAUUUUUCUCUCCCUCCCUCGCUCUUCGUUUAUUUUUCUCUCCCUCCCUCGCUCUUCGUUUAUUUUUCUCUCCCUCCCUCGCUCUUCAUCUAUAUUUCUCUCCCUCCCUCGCUCUUCGUCUAUAUUUCUCUCCCUCCCUCGCUCUUCGUCUAUAUUUCUCUCCCUCCCUCGCUCUUCGUCUCUAUUUCUCUCUCUUAGUCUCUCCCUCGUCGCUCUUUCUCUCCCUCAAAUGCAGCUCUUUCUCUCCCUCCCUCUUCGUCUCUCCCCUCCCGCUCUUGAUUCUAUUUUCCUCUCGCUCUUCGUCUAUUUUCCUCUAUUUCUUCGUCUAUUUUUCCUCUCCCUCGCUCUUUUUCCUCUUUUUCUCUCUCCCUCCUCGCUCUUAGUCUAUUUUCCUCUCGCUCUUCGUCUCUCCCCUCCGUCGCUCUUCGUCUAUUUUUUCCUCCCUCUUCCUAUUUUUCCUCUCGCUCUUCUCUCUACGUCUCUCCGUUUAUUUUUCCUCUCGCUCUUCGUCUAUUUUUCCUCUCGCUCUUCGUCUAUUUUUCCUCUCGCUCUUCGUCUAUUUUUUCCUCUUCGUCUCUCCCUAGCUUCGUCUAUUUUCCUCUCGCUCUUCGUCUAUUUUCCUCUCUCUUCGUCUAUUUUCCUCUCGCUCUUCGUCUAUUUUUCCUCUACGUCUCUCCCUCAAGUCGCUCUUAGUCUAUUUUUCCUCUCGCUCUUCGUCUAUUUUCCUCUAAGCUCUUCGUCUCUCCCUCCGUCGCUCUUCGUCUAUUUUUUCCUCGCUCUUCGUCUAUUUUUCCUCUACGCUCUUAAAUCUCUCCCUCCGUCGCUCUUCGUCUAUUUUCCUAAGCUCUUCGUCUCUCCCUCAAAUGCGCUCUAUCGCUCUUCGUCUAUUUUCUCUACGCUCUUCGUCUAUUUUCCCUCUUACGUCUCUCCUCUCGCUCUUCGUCUAUUUUUCCUCUCGCUCUUCGUCUAUUUUUCCUCUCGCUCUUCGUCUCUCCCUCCGUCGCUCUUCGUCUAUUUUUCCUCUCGCUCUUCGUCUAUUUUUCCUCUCGCUCUUCGUCUCUCCCUCAAAUGCGCUCUUCAUCUCUCCCGCUCUUCGUCUAUUUUUCCUCUCGCUCUUUCUCCCUCCAUGCGCUCUUCGUCUCUCCCUAAAUCGCUCUUCGUCUAUUUUCCUCUCGCUCUUCGUCUCUCCCUCCGUCGCUCUUCGUCUCUCCCUCCGUCGCUCUUCGUCUAUUUUUCCUCUCGCUCUUCGUCUCUCCCUCCGUCGCUCUUCGUCUCUCCCUCCGUCGCUCUUCGUCUAUUUUUCCUCUCCUCUCGUCUCUCCUCCGUCGCUCUUAGUCUAUUUUCCUCUCGCUCUCUCCCUCCUCUCUUUUCCUCCUCGUCUAUUUUUCCUCUCGCUCUUCCCUCAUUUUCCUCUCGCUCUUCCUCUCGCUCUGUUUUUUUUCUUCUCCCACUCUCUUCAUUUCCCCUCCAGUGA